AUGAAAUAGUCAACAGAAAAUAAUUAAAAUGAUGAACAUGGUUAACAAAAGUCUAGUAAAUGGAUUUAAAAGUUGAAGACAAUAUUUGAAAAUGAGCUUCCAUCUAGCUCUAAAAAGAAAUAAAAAAUUAAGGAUAAAAAAGUGAUAUUAUAGACAUAAGAUUCUUAGACUGAUGAUUACGAGGAGAAUUCAGACGAUGUUAAUUCAUAGGACAUGUCAUUUUUGUAAAAUAAAAAAGACAAAAAAAAGGAAUAGCUUAAAUUUUUAUAUGAGCAGAUUGCAGCUGAGAUGAAUUAAAAAGAUGAUGGAAAUAAUCACGAUGAAGAGGAUUUGUGGGAUUGGAUGAGAAAUUAGAAUAAAUAUGAAGAAAAGGAUAGUGAUGAAUAAUUAAUUCAUUCCUUUUAAGAAUAAGAAGCAGAAUUCUUAGCUCUAAAAGAAAAAGAAGAAUAAAAUAAAUUUUUAGAUAUAGUAGAAAUGAAUGAGUACUAAAAAAUACAAAAAUUCAAUGCAGACACUCUUCCCAGAAAAAUUUUUAAGCAAAUAUGGUCAAUAAAAAAUGCGAUUUCAUAAAUUUGCAAUAUUAUCAUAAACAGCAAACCCUUCGAAUAUGCUACACUAUGUGUUAUUUUAUUUAAUUGCGUAAUAUUAGCUAUGGAUGAUCCUACAACUAAUGCUGAUGAUUAAUAGAGAUUAUAAAUUGAUUUAAUCCUACUUAUUUUGUACACUGUUGAAAUGGGCUUUAAGAUUUUAGCUUUAGGUUUUAUUUUUAAUAAAGGUUCCUAUAUGAGGGACAUGUGGAAUAUUUUAGAUAUAACUAUUAUUAUAACUGGUUAUUUACCAUAUGUUGUUAAUACUAGUUAAGUUAAUUUAUCUGCAGUAAGGUCUUUGAGAGUUCUAAGGCCCUUAAGAACAAUUUCAAGAAUUAAAGCUUUAAAAUAAAUUCUUAACACUCUCUUCAGCUCUUUUUCUCUGCUUAAAGAUGCCAUCAUUAUUAUAAUUUUUUUCUACCUUGUUUUUGCUAUUGCUGGGUAGCAACUCUUCACAGGCUGCUUAAAAAAGAGAUGUUUUGAUUCUAGUAAUGGCAUUCAAUUUGGAGACAAUGAUCAGAAUGUUUUUCUUUGCAUCGAAGAUAUUGAUUGUUAUUAAUAUGCAGAAAGCAAUUCCAAAAUUCACUAUAUAUGUGGAAAAGGAAUGGUAAGUCCUUUCUGGGAUACUGAAAAUUUUGAUACUUUCGGAUGGGCCUUGUUAAAUGUUUAUGUUGUAGUCUCUCAAGAAGGUUGGUCAACCAUUUAGGCAUAGGUUUAGUAAACUUUUGGAUAUCCUUCAUUCAUAUAUUUUAUGAUAUGCGUUUUAGUCGGGAAUAUGUUUUUAGAAAAUCUUUUGAUGGCUAUUAUUUAAAUUAAAUACGAAGAAAGUGAGCGUUUGCUCAAAAAAAGAUAAAAAGCUAUCGAAGAUGUUCAAUCUUUCAAUUUAGCAGAUUUCAUACGAUGGGGAAUUUACAAAUCAAAUAAGUAGGUUUACAAAGAAUUAGAGGAAAAAAAAAUAAAAAAAGUGUCCACUUUAAGCGAAAUUAUAAGCUUUUUUAAGCAAGGAGCUCAAAUUAAAAAGUUAUUCACAAUUACAAAGUCAAAAUCUAACAGUGGAAGUCCAAACAAUAAAGAUAAAUAGAUAGAAGAGAAUAUACAUAACUUCAAGUCAAUUGAAGAAUUAGAAAAUUAAUCAGCUGAUAAAAAUUAAGCUGAAAAACUUGGAAAGGAAUAGAAAGUACAGCAGUAACCAGCUAAUCUUGGUACUCAAUUUGAAUAGAGUAAACCUCUUAUUGAAUAAGAGUUAUAAGAAAUUCAUGAUUAAAAUCUAAAUACUUUUAAAUCACAAGAAACUAAUCUUAAUUUGCUUUUAAAAAUACCUAUGAUAGGUUUAAAAGAAUCUUAAUUAUCUGUAUUUAAUAAUUAUAAUUCUAACUUUUCCCCUACUUACAGUGUUGCACAUUUUUCUCAUAAUAUUAAGCAGAACUAAGAGUUAGCUAAUUUUACAUAUGAAGAUCAAAAUCUCAACUUAAAUAAGCUCUAAAAGUCGAUUCACAUUAAAGACCUUGACCAGAUGGCUAACAAUUAAUAAUCUCAAUUCCCUAAAUUUAACCCAAUUAUGAAAAGACAGCCUCAAUAUCUAAAAAAAUCUUCAAUUAGAGAGAAGUCUCCAAAAAGAGGUUAUUAAAGGAAAAACUCAAGAAAAAUGACUACAAAAAAAACAAUGAUUAUUAAACCUUUAGAAGGGACAUAAACAUAAAUAAGAAACAGCGUUAGUAAUAAUAAUAAUACUUAAAUUCGUUUAACAGUUGCCAAAAAUAUGAACUCUUCACAUUAAAGUAGAAAUCCGAGUGAAAUCCAUUAAAACUCUUAAUUAAAUUAAACAAAUUUCUAAAGAGAUAAAAGUGUCAAUCAAAAUACAUACAUUUCUAAUAAUACUUAUCACUAAGGCUCUAAUUAACAAACAAUCAUGUUACAACCAAGUGUCAUUUUAAAAUCUAAAUAAAAUAGAAAUUCAAAUGUUUUGAAUAUUCUAAAUUCCUAGAUAAUUCCUGCCAGAAAAGUAGAAUCAGAUGAAGGAAGUAGCAUUGAUAGUCACUAAAACAAAGAUUUUGAUGAAGAGGAAUAAUUCUUUAAAGAAAUAGAAAAAACAUACGAAAUAAAUUAAAAGUUAAAUCGUUAACUUGAACUAAAAGAGACUGAAGAUAAUUAAUAUAUAGAGAAUAUUAUUAAAGAUAGAUAAAUCGAAAGAAAUUACAGAUAAAAAACUGUUACAUUAGACAAUUUAAUUAAUAAUCAAAUUAAUAAACAACCUUUGCAUCAUGAUUAAUUAUCCUUAAGUAGCAUUUAAGAAAGCUACCAAAAAGAUACACCAGAAGAAUAAAACCUAAUGUUUUAAUCUAUUUAAAAGAGAUCUUUUAAGAAAAAAAGAGAAGUUUCAAUUUAGGGAUAAUUAUAAAGUUCAGAAAUAAGCAGGCCAUAUGAUCCUGAAUCACCUAAGAAAGCAAUGUCCAGCAAAAGAAUAAAAUAAUUGCCUAAUAUACCAUCUGCCAGUUUAAAUACAUCUUCUAAAAUUUAAAAGAGCAGUCACGUUUCUAUCAUUUUAGAAAAUUCUCUUAACAAUUCAAAGUAAAAAUAAAUCAGAUCUGCUUCAUAAACUGAUUUUAAAGUCGAUUCUAAAUAGAGUAUUUUAGAAUAACGUAAAAAUAGCUAUUUCUAUGAUGGUCUUUUUUCUGAUGAAGAUUUUGACAAUGUGAAAUAAUUUAGGAAAUAAAUUUCUAAGAAAACUAGCAUUGCAAGCAAAACAGGAAAUAACAAAAAUAAGAAAGAAUUAUAAAAAAAGAAAUCUGUCAAGGAUAAAAACGUUGUUGAUGAAAACCCAAAGGUAAGCAUCAUAAAUUAAGUUUUAAGCAAAGACGAAGGUCAAUUAUACAGAAAGUUAUUUCUAAAGAAAGAUGUGAUAGCCAGAGUUUUAUACAAAGAACCAACCAACUACGAUGAUGAUAUCUUACCUAAAGAAAAAUUGAUCAAAAAAGAAAAGAAAAAGCAAGAUAGAUUAGAUAAACUCAAAAAGAUGAAAUUCUCAAUCUCAUAUCAAGCUGAAAAGAGAGUUAAAUUAAGAAGCUAAGUUGUUGAGGAGAAAAAAAAGAAAAUGGAGAAGAUGAAAUUUUUACCUAUUAAGGCGAAUAGAACAGCUUUAGCUUUAAUUCAUUAAUAACCAUAAGUUUAUCCAGGUGGAGUUAAUCCUUUAGAUCUUGCUGCUGCAUAAAACAAAAUAAAAUCACAAACUUUAAUCGGUCAGUAAAAUACUUAAAAAAACAAUCAUGAAAAUAUGAGCUAAGGGACAUACAAUAGAGCACCUAGCAUAGUGUAAUAGCUAUUAAAGCAAUAAACUUUAAUUUUAUAGAAAGGCAAAAUUGAUGAUGAGAAAGUUAGACUGUAAGGCGAUGCAUCUUAAAAAAAUAAUUUGAUUCCUUAGAGUGCUUUGUCAUUAGAAUAUUUUGAAAACUAAGAAAAGAUAAAAAAGGGAUUGAAUUUAAUAAUUCCUGAUUCUGAUAAAAACAGUUAGUCAAAUACUGGAUCUUAAUAAGUAAUAGAAGCUAAUUUGAUUUAAAAAAAAGGAACUUUAGGAAAUAAUGAUUAGUCUGAUUAGUUAUUAAAAGCAAAUUUAACACCUAAAACUGCUAAGGGAAUAUUGAAAAUUAAAUCAAUAACAGGCAAUGAAAAUUCUAAUUUAAACACAGAAUUAAACAGAUCUUAGACAAAUAAAUAGCUUGACGAAAGUCUUCUUAAUAAAAAGAAAACAAGUGGUUAUACUGGCAACACUGGCAGACAUCAAGGUGAUAACCCUGCCUUUGAAUGGGACCUAAUUAAAGCACGGGAAAUGCUUUUCCCAACUGAUCACGAAGAAGAAGAAAAAUCUCAAAGAGAGAGCGAGUUUAGUUAAGUUUUUGGAGAUAAUGCGAGUAUUUUUAAUAGUAUUUUAGAUGAAAGUAAAUCGAAAAAUAGUUUUAAUUCAUCCAGCUUUCAUUAAAGUUAUGGAACUUCCAGUAAAUUUGAAAGCAGUAGCAUGAAUAGUUAUUCUAUGAAAAGUCAGUCUAAAGAAGGCAAAAGUGCUUUUGAUGAAACAAAUGCUGAUACAGCAAGUAAAAGGUCAAAAUACUCUAAAAAUAAAGAUGACACAAAUUCAAAAGCAUAAGAUUCAAAUAAAUCAAAAGAUGGUAAAGAAGACAAAGGUAAUGGAGAAAAUUAAGAUUAUUUUCAAAAGCCUCAAACUUUGGAGUAAUUCCUAAAAGAGCCUCUAGAAAAAGAAUAUGUUCAAGUCGUUAAGUAACAAGUUAAUAAUUUGAUACAGAAAGGGCAAAAUAAAAUAAAAUCAUAUUGGUCAGGAGAUGAUGUAUUGGUGGCAACUAAAGUUUAUAAACAGCAAUAGGCUAUUAAAACCCUAAUGAAAUGUUUAAAUUAUCCAAAUACAAUUACUGAAUAAAAUGAAGGAGGAUUUAUGGGAAUCGUAAAUGCAUUUAGAAGAAGAGUAAGAAUGCUUGUCUAAACUCCUCUAUACGAGAAUCUGAUUAUGAUUGCUGUUGUAAUGAAUACAGUUAUUCUUUCACUAGAUGGUAGUGUUGAUAAUCAAUCAAUACUAGAUUAAUUUAAUUAAGCUUUUACUUACAUUUUUGCAAUUGACAUGGGAUUAAAAUUGAUAGGCUUAGGUUUUGCCUUAUAUUGCGCAGAUAGGAUGAAUAUUUUUGAUGGUUUAAUUGUUAUACUCUCAAUAUUUGAUAUAAUAUUUCUAUCGGGAUCUUCAGGUGGCAGCUCAUUUAGUGCUUUUAGAUCUUUAAGAAUAUUAAGAGUGUUUAGAGUUCUGAGAGUUACACGUCUUUUGCGUUCUUUGAAAUUUAUGAAAAUAUUGAUAAAAGUUAUUUCAUCAAUAUUAGAUAAGCUAUUUUAUAUUAUUUUACUGCUAAUUUUAUACAUUUUUAUUUAUACUUUGAUUGGUAUGUAACUAUAUGGAGGUUCUUUCUUAAGUGUCUCAAGGAGUAACAGAAUGGUCUUUGAUUCCUUUUUAUAAGCCAGUUUUUCUGUAUACGAUUUACUAACAAUAGAAAAUUGGAAUAAUAUUCUUUAUGUAGCACUCAGAACUUAAGUAAAUGUAGGUAUUACCUGUAUCUACCUUAUUAGCUGUAUUUUUAUAGGUAAUUUUAUCAUUAUGAACCUUGUGUUAGCAACAAUGAUUGGAGCUUUUAAUUCAAGCUAAUUUGAUAAGGAAAAAGAAGAGAUAGCUAACACUGUAGAGAUUGUUGAAGAUUUAGAUCUUGGUCAUACCACUACCCUUAACUCUACUACAUUUAUGAACAUGUCCAACUCUCAGUCUAGAUUGGGUUCUAGCACUCACAGCUUCUCAGUUAAAAAUAGAUAAAGAAUGCUCAGCAGCGGAGGUUCUUCUUAGGGUUAUUCAGAUGAACAUUCUUAAAAUAAUCAUUCUUAACAUAGUUUCUCUAAAAAAUCGUAGCAAAUUUAAAAAGAAUCUUUUUCUCGUGAGUACAAAGAAAAAGCAAGCAGCAUCAGCGAUUCACAUAAUUAGAGUUUAGAUAACAAAUCUAGUCAUAAUUUGGAACUCUAAAUUGUUUCUGAAUAAGAAUAAAACAAUGAUAAAAAUAAUCAAAAAAAUAUGUUUAAAUAGCAGGCUGUUGUAAAAAAAGAUGAAGAUGAUGAGAAAGAAGAGAUAUUUUUGUUUUUUGAUAAUAUCAAAUGCUAAAAAUCUCUUUACAUCUUUUCUAUGCAAAACAAAAUAAGAAGAGCCUUCUAUUUCAUAGUCAAAAACCCGCUGUUUGAUAAUAUAAUAUUAGCAGGUAUUAUACUCAACUCAGUUAAGUUAGUUUCUGACACAUAUGAUACAGGUUCGGAUUCAUAAAAACAAGCAAGUUAAAUUUUAGACAUCAUGUUUACUGUAUUCUUUUCGAUUGAAUCCUGCUUAAAAAUAGUUUCUUAUGGAUUUUUCUUUGAUGAAAACUCAUAUCUUAGAGAUAAUUGGUCAAAACUCGAUUUCUUUGUUGUAGUUACGAGUAUUAUAGAUGUAUCUUUAUAAAAUGGAAAUUUUGCCUCUCUAAAAAUUCUAAGAUUGCUCAGAACUCUCCGUCCUUUGAGGGUUUUGCACCACAAUAAGAGCAUGAAAUUAAUUGUAACCACUCUUCUUGAGUCUAUUGUUGGUAUUUUGAACAUGCUUCUUGUUAUUUUCUUAGUUUGGUUAAUGUUUGCCAUAUUGGGUGUAAGCUUAAUGGGUGGAAAGCUAUAAUAUUGCAAUUUUCCAAAUAAUGGAAUCAGUUAUAAUAUUUACAAAUAUAACUAAUCUUAAUGUAGUAGAGUAGGAGGAAGCUGGUAAACUUACGAUUUGAAUUUCGAUAAUGUUCCAGCAGCUUUGUUAAAUUUAUUUGUAAUAUCUACUUUUGAAGGAUGGCCUGCAUAUGUUUUUAACUACUUGGAUGGAUCUUCUGAUGGUCCAGUUUAUUUUGGAAGUGCUUACUUCUCAAUUUAUAUAGUCUUUUUCAUAUUAGUUGGCAGCUUUUUCUCAAUAGAUCUUUUUGGUGCAGUGCUAUCAUUUCAUUAUGAUAUAGCAUUACAAAAAAGUAAAAAUAAAUAUCUUUCAAGCGAGUAAACACAAUGGAUAGAACUUUAGAGAUUGAUUCUUUAGUCGAAACCAGAUUACAACUCUAUCUCUCUCCCAACAAAUAAAUUUAGAAAAUUCAUUUGGAACAUUUGCGAAUCAUAGAAGCUCGAAAUAUUUAUAAUGAUCUGUAUUAUAGGUAACAUAGUAUCUAUGGCUCUAAGCUAUGAUACAUCUCCUUCUUCCUACGAUACAAUCCUGUAGGAUAUCAAUCUUGGUUUCUCAAUAGUUUUUAUCACUGAAUGCUUAUUAAAAUUAAUAGCGUAUGGGUUCAAUGGGUAUUUUUAUAAGUCAUCUAAUUAGUUUGAUUUCUUUGUGGUUUCUGUUUCAGUGAUAGAUAUUAUUUUUACUUAUUCUGGAAAUUAAUUUAUAAAAUUCUUAUCUGCUGGACCACAAAUUGCUAGAAUUUUCAGAGUCUUUAGAGUGACUCGUUUGCUGCGUCUUAUAAAAUAAUUUGAAGGGUUAUAAAAGCUUAUGUCAACUCUUAUUUAUGCUUUACCAUCUCUUACUAAUGCAACUGCUUUACUAUUUUUAAUUUAUUUUAUCUUUGCUAUUUUGGCUUGCUAUUUAUACUCUCCAUACUAAACAGGAAACAGUUUGAAUUCAUUUUAGAAUUUCUCAACAUUUCAUAGAUCUUAUUUGUUGCUAUUUAGGAUGAGCACUGGUGAGGAUUGGUAUUUAAUUAUGUUUGAUAUAAUUCACCAUACUAACAUGUGGAGUGCUUUUUUCUUUGUUGUAUUUAUAAUUAUUCAGUAAUAUAUUAUGAUGAGCUUAUUUAUCUUGAUUAUUAUUGAACAAUUUGAAAACAACUAUAUCAAUCCUGACAAUCCAAUUAACGACUUCUAGUAUUCAGAGGAGGAUUUCAAAAAAUAAUGGGUUCAAUUUACUAGAAAUAGCUAUGGAAUUAAAAUACAUGAGAGAUUUAUUACAGAUUUCUACUUCUCUAUAUUAAGACCACUUGGUUUUGAUUACAAGUCUAAGCUAAAAGAGUUCGUGGAAUAAGUUAAGACAAUUAACUAACAAGUAAGUGAAUAAGAUUUAGAGCUAAUCACUGGUAAAUUUAGAAUCAAAUAAAAGCAGUUAGCUGAGAAGGAGAUUAUGAAAAUGAAUAUAAGAUGUGAUUAUGAUGGUUAUAUAUUCUAUAAUGAAUUGCUUUACUAUUUUUUCAAACACUCACUUUAUGAUAGUGUGUUUGGCAGAAUAGACAAUGCUUCUACUAAAUCCGAAUAUGAAAAAUGUAUCAAGGCUGAAGAGAUUCUAUACAAAGAAGAACACAUUACACGUAGAAAACUCAGAAUAUUAAAAAAGAAACAAGCUGCCUUGACCAAAUAAAAAUUUAUCUCCAGCAGAUAAAAAGAAGUAAAUCCUAUGGUUAGAAGAUUAUUUGUUGGCAUGUGCUUUAAAAGCUGGUUAAAGUAUAGUUAGAAAAUUUAAAACAAUAUUAUGCAAGACUAUGAUGAUAUUUCGAGCUAAACAGAUUCUGAUGAGGAGUAUGAUUAACUUCAGGUUGACCCUGAAGAUUUAUAAAAUGCUUUAGCUAUUGAUAAAUUCUACACUUCACAGGAUAAAGAGGAGAAUAUCAUAGAAGUUUUAAAAAAUAGAAGAUUUAUUAUACCUCGUCUUCACACAAUAAAAUUGAGAAAGUAAGAUUAAAAGGAAUAAAUAGCUGAUGGUUUUUUCAAUGGAAAAUAUUUUGAAUUUCCAAACCCAGAUGAAAUUUAUAAAGCAGAGUUAGAAAAUGAAUAAAAUAUUAAUGAAUUUGAAGAAAGGAUUAAUGAGUAAUAAAAAUAGUUGUAAAUAAUAAAAAAUAAUGAAUAAAAUAAUAAAUAAAUGCUCUCUUCAGUUAACUCAAACUAUCAAGAAAGGACAAAAUCAAUCCAAAGAAGUUAACUAAAUAAUUAAAGAAAUAACACACUUAAACUUUCUCAUGCUUUUAAUAUUCCAAGCAAACGCACUUCAAUUGAUGUAAACAAUCUAAAUUUAAUUCAUAGCAACAAUUUGUUAUCAAUCUAGAAUGUAUAAUCUAACAACCAGCUAGUGCCUAAAGACUAAACUAAACUUAAGCUAUCUCUUGUUGAAUCUUCAAAUUCUCUUGGAAUGAGUGUAAGAAAAGAAUCCAUUGUAAAAAAAGACUCCCAUAAUGUUUCAACUCCUAAAUCUCAAUUAAAUCUAAGUUAAGUAAAAAAAUUAACCCUCUAAAAAAAUAACUCUAAUUCUCCAAGACUUUAAGUGCCUCUUGAAAAUAAUCGUCAGAGAAAGGACAGUAAGUCGAUUUUCUCAAUGACCCCAUAGAAUAGAGCUAAUGAAAAUGAGAACAUAGAAGAUAAACUUAAUUCUCAGCAUUUGAUGCAUCUCCAAGCAACUCCUAUCACAUUUACUUAAUUUGUCAACUCAAAGAAUUUCAUGAGCAGUCCAGAAAAUGAAUCUGAUGAUGAACAUAAAUAAUAAAUUAGAUUAGAUUUAACAAAAUAAUAAUCCAGCUAAAUAAAAUCUCCUAAAAAAGAAAUCAGCAGAUUUGGCGAGUCUUCUUCAAUUAUAAAUUAAUUAAAAUAAGAUUUUAAUAUAAAUGGUCAUGAAAAAAAUAAUGAAAGUAAUGAUAAACACUCGUCAAUAAUGAACAUGCCAAAUCUUUAAUAAAAAUCAUAUUCUCAGUAGUCUGAUAAGCAUCAAGCAAAAAUUCCUAUUGAUAACUAGGAGCAUAAAAAGCCAAAUUUAAAUAAAAAUAUUCCUUAAAUUAGAAUAAAUUUUGAAGAAGAUUGA